GCCAUCCCCAUAAGCAGGUGCUGUGGAACAAUAACUCGGUGGUCACAUUUCCUAAACGCCCUAGUUGGAAGCGGCGAAGCUUUACUUGGUAACAGAUCUUGGACUCUCUGAAAGUCCCAGUGUUUAUAUACGAGAGGGAAAGGGAUGGACGUCCGCGGUCUACCAAUCUUCCUGCUCCUUGGACCAGUUGUUCUGGUUCUGGGUUCUGAGCAUGAAACUCGGCUUGUUGAUCAUUUAUUCGAGAAGUAUAACAAAUGUGUUCGUCCAGUAAGCAACCACCUUGAAAGUGUUAACGUUACUGUUGGACUACAGCUUAUCCAGUUGAUCAAUGUGGAUGAAGUGAAUCAGAUUGUAGCAACCAACGUGCGUCUAAAACAGCAAUGGAAAGAUGUAAACUUGAAAUGGAAUCCCGAAGAUUAUGGUGGUGUGAAACAAAUUCGCGUCGCCUCAAGCGAACUCUGGCGUCCAGACUUGGUUUUGUACAACAAUGCAGAUGGAGAUUUUGCUAUCGUCCAGGAUACCAAAGUACUCUUAAACUAUACAGGUCACAUCACUUGGAAUCCUCCAGCCAUUUUCAAAAGCUACUGUGAAAUUAUAGUCACCCACUUUCCAUUUGAUGAGCAGAACUGUAGUAUGAAGUUGGGCACAUGGACAUAUGACGGUUCAGUGGUCGCCAUCUUUCCGGAAAGUGACCGUCCAGAUCUGAGUAACUUCAUGCCCAGCGGAGAAUGGGUCAUGAAAGUACGAGGCUGGAAGCACUCGGUUACCUACGCCUGCUGCCCAGACACACCUUACCUGGACAUCACCUAUCAUUUUGUGUUGCAGCGGUUGCCUCUCUACUUCAUCGUCAAUGUCAUCAUCCCUUGCCUCCUCUUCUCUUUCCUAACUGGAUUAGUGUUUUACCUGCCUACAGAUUCAGGGGAGAAGAUGACGCUGAGCAUUUCUGUCCUGCUCUCUUUGACAGUGUUUCUUCUGGUCAUUGUGGAGCUGAUUCCUUCCACUUCUAGUGCAGUGCCCUUGAUUGGCAAAUACAUGCUUUUCACGAUGGUGUUUGUCAUAGCUUCCAUCAUAAUCACUGUCAUUGUGAUCAAUACCCACCACCGAUCUCCAAGUACUCACACAAUGCCGCAGUGGGUGAGGAAGGUUUUUAUCGAGACGAUUCCGAACGUCAUGUUCUUCUCAACCAUGAAACGGCCUUCCAGAAACAAGCAGGAGAAAAGGAUUUACGAAGACAUUGAUAUUUCUGAAAUCUCUGGGAAGCAAAGUCCGGCUGCUGUCAAUUUCCAGUCGUCGCUCACCAAAAACCCAGAUGUGAAAAGUGCUAUUGAGGGCAUCAAAUACAUUGCUGAAACAAUGAAGUCAGACCAGGAAUCCAACAAUGCUGCCGAAGAAUGGAAGUUUGUUGCCAUGGUAGUGGAUCACCUUCUGCUUGGCAUCUUCAUGUGUUGCAUCAUUGGAACACUGGCUGUCUUUGCCGGUCGCCUCAUUGAGUUACACCAGCAAGGCUGAAAAGCGAAAACCAAGGGGAGAGCUUGAUUUAGAUCCUAAUAUGUGCUCACUUAAGAAAGUUCAUGGAAGGAAAGUCUUCCAUGCCCUCAGCAGAGCCAACGUUUCAAAUAAGCUUGUAGGGUAGGGAGCUGCAGGCGCAGCCAGUAAGAAGGAGCAUUAGCCUUUCUUCCAGAAACUUGCCUUAACUUUGCUUAAGAUCCAAGCCUAUAUCUUUAAUGUGUUGUUAAUCUGUCUUUGCCUAAACAAGGGGCUAAAUGGAGGGAUAACAUCUUUCGAACUGGCAAUUUCAGGCUCCAGAAAGCGUGAUUCUGCUAAAAGCUUUGAUUGAUAUAUAACUGGCGUCUUUAAUGUCAACCGGCAUGGCUUAUCGUCGCACCUAACCAGCUUGCUAAGCACUGGGUCAGAACCUCUUAUUGUUCAAAUCACCAGGUCAAUGAGCCUAGGACAUCGGUCUGUUCUGGGUAUUUAACAAAAACGGCCUUGGUGCUGUACACCAAUGGUUCAUCUCAUUGCCUGUUGGUCGUCCCUAAUCACUGGCAAUCUAGGAUGCAAAAACUGAACACCAUCCUGAGCCAUGUCUUCAACCCAUUGGCAGUCAUGUCUUCAUCAAGUCAUCAACCCACAAUCUUCUCACUUCCCAUUCCUUACUGCUUUUUUGAAUAAUAAGUAUGUUCCAAAUGACACCAUCAGAGAAACUUGGCUGAGCACAUCUGUGAUCUGAAUCUCCCACACUCUGCUGAAACUGACCGGUGCAGAAGAAGAGA